AUGCCGCUUUCCGAUAACAGUCAUCAAGUUCAAAACGGGCACAGCUCGGAGAGCAGGUCCGGGAGGGACCUCGAAGUCGGACAUGUCGAUGACGGCAACGCAGUUCACAAGGAGGCCUUCGUCUCGGGCCCUUUGCUCUAUUCUAGGGUCCGGGCGCUGGCCGGAAGUCUCGGCGUGGAGCAACGGGGUAUCGAGCGCGUCCCGGACGACGAGAGGACGGACUCUAGUAUGAGCCAAGUCGGGACUCUGUGGCUCUCGGCCAACAUGGUCGUCUCGUCCUUCGCCAUCGGCGCCCUCGCCAUACCCAUCUUCAAGCUCGGCUUCGUCGAAAGCGCUUUGACCAUCAUUUUCGUCAACCUCCUGGGGAUCAUGCCGGUCUGCUUCUUCUCGACGUUUGGUCCUCGCUUCGGCCUGCGCCAGAUAGUGCUUUCGCGUUUCUACUUCGGCUACUACGGCGUGAAGUUAAUCGCCCUCUUCAACAUCCUAGCCUGUCUAGGCUGGUCCGCCGUAAACGCCAUAGUAGGCGCGCAGCUCCUACACGCCAUCAACCCCUCCGUGCCAGGCUGGGCCGGCAUCCUCGUGCUAGCCUGCUCGACGCUCGCCGUCUGCACCUUCGGCUACCGCUUCGUGCACGCCUACGAGCGCUGGUCCUGGCUGCCCAGCCUCGCCGUCUUCCUCAUCGUGCUCGGCACGUUCGCGCGCUCGGGCGAUUUUGUUAGUUUGCCCUCCCUCGCCACCAGGGGCAGCCCCGCCGCCGAGGCCGGCGCCGUGCUGUCCUUCGCCGCGUCCGUGUUCGGCUUCGCCACCGGCUGGACCGCCUACGCCGCUGAUUAUACUGUUUACCAGCCGGCCGACCGCGGCCGCGUCCCGGUGUUCCUGUGGACUUUUGUUGGGCUCUUCCUCCCGCUGUGCUUCACCGAGCUCCUCGGCGCCGCCGUCGCCACCGCCAUCGCCAACCCGACCUUCAGCGCCGCCUACGCCAACGCCGGCGUCGGCGGCCUCCUCGCCCAGACGCUCGUCCCGCCCCUAGGCCACUUCGGCGACUUCUGUCUAGUCGUGCUCGCCCUGUCCAUCGUCGCCAACAACUGCCCGAACGUGUACUCGGUAGCACUCUCACUACAGGUGCUGACACCCACACUCACAGAGCGCUACCAUAUACUGCGCCCCGCCUGGUGCGCCGUCGGCACCGCCGUCUACGUCGCCGUCGCCGUGCCGGGCUACUCGCACUUCGAAUCCGCGCUCGAGAACUUCAUGCUCGUCAUCGGGUACUGGCUCGCCAUCUACGAAGGGGUGGCACUAACAGAACACUUUGCGUUCCGCCGCGGGCUGGCGGGCUACUGCCCCGAGGAUUAUACGGACCCGAAACGGUUGCCGCCCGGGCUGGCGGCGCUGGGGGCGUUUGCGUUUGGGGUCGUGGGCGCGGUCGUGGGGAUGGCGCAGGCUUGGUUCACGGGGCCCGUGGGCAGACUGUGUGGGGGCGAAUUAGGGGGUGAUGUUGGGUUUGAGCUUGCGUUUGCUUUUACGGCUGUUGCUUAUUUGGGGUUGAGGACGUUGGAGAAGAGGUAUUUAGGCCGGUAG